CGACGCGUAUUGCUACCGCCGCCGCCGCUGCCGCCGCCACCGCCGAAUUCAGUGAACGCCGCGCGCGUGGGUCGUACGAGUGCGACCACCGCGUCCACGCUGGGACCGCGAACGUUCGUGUUCUGUGACGACGACUACGACGUCGUAGUAUUCUAUUCGUUUCGAAAGAAUUUUCGGCCGAGUUACAAUACAGAGUUGCCAUUAGGAGAAUGAAAGACUACUCCACCAAUCCUUAUUGGACCUAUACCUAAAGCAGAAUAGGAAGAGAAGAAGAAUAUAGCAAGACAAUGAUGGAUUCAUUAUUAACAAAAUGGUGUUUCGUGCUGUGUUUGGCUCUAAUUUCAGAUUGUAAUGACCUGUUCGAACUAUCAGCCAUCGUACCAAGGUACGCCAAACUGGGUGAGACAGUGGUGCUCAGAUGUAACCACACGGUGGUCGAAAAUCAACUUUAUAAGGUCCAGUGGACCAAAAGCGGUGACAAAUUGUUCCAGUAUAUCAGAGGACGUGUACCACCAUAUAUCAAUCACACAAUACCCGGAGCAAAACUUGAUUGGGGCCAAACUAAACCUUCAGAGUUAGCCCUCAUGGACGUACAACAUGAUGCGUCUGGCCAAUAUGCUUGCACAGUAACUACAGAAUCUCCGAUAUAUAGUAAAACAUCAGAAUCUCACGACCUUACAGUCAUAAAAAUUCAAAACACUGAUCCAACUAUUGAAAUUUUCAAAGAUAUGUUCAACGUGGGUGAUAUUUUAGACGCCACAUGUACAUCAGGACCUUCAAAGCCUGUUCCUGAAAUUACAUGGUUGGUCAACGGACGAAGGCCACCGGAUACCUACAUGAAACCAAUAGUUAAGGCAUUGUUGGACUCCGCCUCCGCUAUGAGGCUCACAUUUCCGGUGUCGGAUAAACUUGGUGCCGAGGUUCAAUUGACAUGUCUAUCCACCAUACCCGGGUUCCUAAAUCAUAAAGCUGAUUUCCAUGAUUACGCCGAUUAUAGGUCAUCCUCGGUUAUAGUGAGCGUGGCAGCCAAAUCUGAGCCCGUGACUGCGGGAUGCGGAAAAGAAUUUAUUAGCAUCGUCGUCGUUGCAGCAACUACCGCUGCCGUUGCCAUCGCCGUCGCCGCUACGUUCCAAGCGUAAUUUACGAGACAGGUCCUCAAACAACAUUUCGACGGCAUGUGUAUGCGUGCAAUUGUGUAUAAUAUAUACAAUUCAAUGUAUAAAUAGUUAGUACCUAGUAUACAUUAUUAGUCAUAUAUUUUACGAAUAUAUAAAUAUUAAAUUGUUUAAAAUUAUUCAUGCAAAUGGGCACGCGGUUACCUUUGGAAUCGUUCUUUUGAAGAUUAUUUAACUGUUAUAAUGCGUUGUGGUGACCCGCUAUGGACGUGAACAGUGUACUGUUCUAACAUUGUGUAUGGAAUCACAUAAUUUGGUUGUUUGUGUGUAUAGUUUAUACGGAUAAUUUUGGAUCAGCUGAAUCGAUUUCCUGAUUGGUAUUACGUAAAGUUUGAAUUACAGCAGAUUAUUUUUUUAAUUAAUUUUAAAUACCAAUAUUCAAAUGAUAAUAUUAUUUAUCGUUAAAGCGUUUUCAAACCGAUCGUCCAUACGUGUGUCACCAUCACGUAAAUGGAUAAUAGUUAUUAUGUUGACGGGUGCGGUCUUUUUGUUUAUUUAUUUAUUUGUUUUUUUGUUAUUAAUAAUAUUUUGUAAAUAAUAUUCUUAAACUAACUAGGCAAAGUUUUCAAUUCCUAAUGAAUGAGAUUAUAAACUUAAUGAGAUCAGCGCUUCUAAAAUUGUCUCCGUGUCAAUUAAAAACAUAUUUCAUUUUUCAACGUCAAGUCAAGUGAAAUAACGUUGUAAACAACACACACGACUAUAUGAGUAUAUUAUAAAGAAAAUGUUCUUUGUAUUUAAGAACGAUGUAACCGUUAAAUUACAGUUUAAAUAUAUCAUAUAAAUUGGUCAGACGUUGUUCUUGCUACUUACUACAUCGUUCCAAAACAAAAAUGCAUUUAUUUCGUGUUAAAUAAUAUUUUAUCAGAUAAAUCAUCCUAAAUGACAAAUAAUA